AUGGCCGGGAAGAUGGAAGAUAUCUCCGAUGUCGAAGGGACAGAUUCCUCCGGUAAGAAGUCCUUCCGUAUCGAAGAUUUCUCCGUCGUGGUGGAAGGGGGUCGGAUCGGCGACAUAUAUGAGGACAUGUAUGAAGACAUAAAAAAGAAGCAAGAUUUAACCUGUCGUGAGAGGUCGACAAUGGUGUUCUGGAACGUGAUCAAGUGCCCAAUCCCUCCUGAUGCGCUUCCUGGUGUUAAACCUACUAUCAGAUCAGCUCUUUGUGGAAUGGGCUUGCAUGGUCCGUUGCGAAUCUAUGCGUAUGGUGACGAAUCGUUGCUCGACAAAAGAGAUGUCUUUCGGAAAGCCGGAAUUUCUUACUUUGUCGAACGUGCACAAGAUUAUGGUGACAUGGAAUUGGAAGUUAUUUUGUUCGCGGAACAGACUUUUGGGCGUCCAGCAGAUAUAAUGGUAAUCCCAAAACCAGACCAAGAUAGCGAGUUGCACAGGGUGCUCAAGUGUAUGCAAUCGAGAGAUCACGAUGUUCUCCUAGUAAACACGCCUGUUGGUGACAGUGGUGAUCAAUUUCUUGAAUCUUUAGAGUCAGCAGUUGCUUGUCCACGAGGUUUAGAUGGAGAGGCAGAGCCCAUAACCAAGCCGGAAUGCGCUUGUGAUUACAGUUGA